AUGGUUUCCCCAGAUCAGAUUCAUGACACAUCAUUCCCAAUAAGGGAAAGAAUGGAAGCUUUAAUCCGUUUAAAGCAAAAAGAAAUCACCGAUGCUAUUGCCAGUUUAGAUACUGUUGAAUUCCGUACAGACAACUGGUCUAGAGGUGACAACGGUGGUGGUGGUCAAUCUAUGGUCAUCCAAAACGGUACUACUUUUGAAAAAGGUGGUGUUAAUAUUUCUAUUGUUCAUGGUAAAUUACCACCUCAAGCUGUCACUAGAAUGAGAGCCGAUCACUCCAACUUGAGAGGUUCUGAAAAAGAUGGUAGUGUCAACUUCUUUGCUUGUGGGUUAUCCAUGGUUAUUCACCCAAUCAAUCCACAUGCUCCAACCACUCAUGCCAACUACAGAUACUUUGAAACCAGUGAUCCAGAAACUAAUGAAACACAAACCUGGUGGUUUGGUGGUGGUGCUGAUUUGACCCCAUCCUACUUGUAUGAAGAAGAUGCCAAGUUGUUCCAUCAAUUACAUAAAGAUGCAUUGGAUAAAUAUGACAAAGAAUUAUAUCCAAAAUACAAGAAAUGGUGUGAUGAAUAUUUCUUUAUCAAACACAGAGGUGAAACUAGAGGUGUUGGUGGUAUUUUCUUUGAUGAUUUUGACAGCAAGCCAGCAGAUGAUAUCUUGAAGAUUGUCGAAUCUUGUUUUGAUGCUUUCAUCCCAGCUUAUAUUCCAAUUGUUGCUAAAAGAAAAGAUACUCCAUACACCAAGGAACAAAAAGAAUGGCAACAAAUUAGAAGAGGUAGAUAUGUUGAAUUCAACUUGGUCUUGGAUAGAGGUACACAAUUUGGUUUACAAACUCCAGGAUCAAGAGUCGAAAGUAUUUUAAUGUCCUUACCAGCUACCGCCAGUUGGGCUUAUGAUCAUCAUCCAGAACCGGGUUCAGAAGAAGAUAGAUUAUUGCAAAUUUUAAAGAAACCUAUUGAUUGGGUUUAA